AUGCGUGAAUUCAAAGUGGUUGUUCUGGGAAGUGGAGGUGUGGGUAAAUCGGCGUUAACAGUUCAGUUUGUCAGCAGUACAUUCAUAGAGAAGUAUGACCCGACAAUAGAGGACUUUUAUCGGAAAGAAAUAGAGGUCGAUGGUCAGCCAUGUGUAUUAGAGAUAUUAGAUACGGCUGGAACAGAGCAGUUUUCAUCUAUGCGUGAUUUGUACAUCAAGAAUGGACAGGGUUUUGUUGUUGUGUACUCAAUAACGAGUCAGCAAACGUUCCAUGAUAUCAAGACCAUGCGGGAGCAAAUCGUACGGGUCAAGGGGACGGAGCAAGUUCCCAUAUUGUUAGUAGGAAAUAAAUGUGAUCUUCAACAUCAACGGCAAGUGAGGACAGAUGAGGGUAUCGCUCUUGCUGAGUACUGGUCCUGUCCGUUCACCGAAUGUUCAGCAAAAAACAACCAUAACGUUAAUGUGACGUUUGCUGAAAUCGUCCGGGAAAUGAACUACAUUCAAAGCAAGGCACGGGAGAACAAAGGUUGUUGUUCGAUCAUGUGA